UAUAUACAAAAGCUCGCAUAGGGCUGUGUCCUCAUUGUCCUUGACGUCAUAUUAUGAAGGACAAAGUCCCUUCCAGCGAUGACGAUGUGGGUCGAUUGGCACUACGCUCGAUGUUCUCGAACCUGUCAUUGUCUGGUACAGUGGAUGCUGCCGCCAUGGCAAAGGUUAUUGUUAUGACUUCUCUGUUUGCUUGGAGAAUCCCAACCUAAUUGCUCAGUGCCGCGAAAAGUAACAUUGAACUAUAGCUUGAUGUGCACUUACGAAUAGCCACUAGACCAACAUAAUCCCUAUAGCUGGGUCUGCUUUCAAACGCCAGGCAAAGUGGGGUCUAGCUAUGGCCUCCCACUCCGCUGCACUGCUCAUCGCAAGCGCGGGUCACGUCAGGGAACAACGAAUCUUUCUGCAUGAUCCUCCGGCUAGAUAUGGCGAUGGAGCUUCAUGCAUUUCCACUGAUACGGUUUAGGCUGUUUGUAAAGACUAUUCGAGUGUUAAUAUGUCGCCAGUGAGGGGCUGCGGCACGCAAGCGAUGCACAACAGCAUAAUAUAUGCAGUUUGCGACACCGUCUAUUAAAAUUCGAAUCAUCGCUACUGUGAUAUCAAAUCGUUGACCGCAAGAUUCUGCAUACCAGGACAUUCUUCUUUCCUGUGUCUGUGCCAUUCCCCAUGUUAAACUCGGUUUCAUCUUUUUGAUUGUCUCAAGCGCAUAUUUCACGCCACAAUGGCUCGGUAUCCUCGCGUAGCGGUGGUGGGCACUGGACCAUCAGGCAUAUCGGCUGUCAAAGCCCUCCAUGAAGAAAAGGCCUUCGAUACAAUCCGCGUGUUCGAGCGCCGGAAUAAGCCAGGGGGUGUAUGGCAUCUUGACCCUAUCCCCGACGUCUUUCCUGCCCCGAAAAACCCAUACAGCGCCCGGAAACAGAUCCCCUCGACGCUGCCACAAUUUUCGGCCCCGGGGCCCGAAGACACCACAGCACGCACAGGUGUUUAUGAGUCGCUCGACAGCAAUGUUGGGAUCAAGGCAAUGGAGUUUACUCACACGCCCUUCCCGGUCAUAAACUCGGCGCUCUCCGUUGAGCGGUAUGGACACUCAAAUCCGACUCGGCCUUGGCAAGUAGUAUCUCGAUACCUCGAUGACCUUGCCAAAGACUACUUGCAUCUAAUUUCCUUCAACACAACGGUUGAACGAGUCAAGAAAAUCGGCGGAAAGUGGACGGUGACGCUCCGACGCACAGAUAUGACGCACCAUGGCCAGCCAGCCGAUUACUGGUGGCAAGAGCACUUCGAUGCAGUCAUUGUCGCGUCGGGACAUUACAACGUCCCUCUAGUUCCGGAGGUGAAGGGCCUGGACGCCGCGUUCAAAGCUCAUCCCACCAAGCUCGAGCAUGCAAAAUCAUUCCGCUCUGCAAAUGAUUACGUCGAUAAGAAGGUCGUCGUGGUUGGGGGCAAUGUCUCUUCUGCAGACCUGGUCGCCGACCUCCACGCCAUCAUCAAGGGCCCCCUGUACGUGUCCCAGCGAGGCAGGAACGACGCGUUCCGCUUCGCAUGGGACCUUCCCAACGUCGAGCUCAAGCCGACACUCCAAUCCAUCAAAGCAAGCGACGCAAGUAUCAGCGUGACUUUCACCGACAACACCACGGUCGACAACAUCGACAAGCUCAUCUUUGCAACAGGAUACCGCCUAUCCUAUCCCUUCCUUGACCCCGACCCGGUCACGCCCAACAACCGCGUAGCCGGGUUUUACCAGCACGUCUUCAAAGUCGGCGAUCCGUCUCUCGCCCUUGUAGGCCAGGUCCGCGCAGCGAUCAGUUUCCGCGUAUACGAGUACCAGGCCGUCGCCGUGGCGAGGUAUUUUGCAGGCCACAACGCGAAGCCCUUGCCCAGUCCCCAAAAGCAGGAUCUCUGGGAAUUUGAAAGGCUGAAGUACCGCGGCCCCACAACUGACUUUCACACUCUCAGGCCGGACUUUAAGGAAUAUUUUGACUUCCUCCGGGAUUUGGCUGGUCCCCCUGCUGCUGGAACUGAUGGUUACGAACUGCCGUCUUGGGAUGAUAAGUGGGCGGAGUGGGCGUGGGAGAUUCCAAUUCUGAAAGAACGGUAUUGGAGAUCUCGUCACCAGGAUAAAACGAUUAGCAAUGCCGUAAGGGCGAAACUAUGA